CUGAUAAUGAAUGCAUACUUAGCUCCAUUUGCAAUCGGAAAAAGUAUAUAUAAAAUGACUUGGAUUAAUGUGAGUUUGAUUUUUCUGAUUCUCUGGGUUUUCUGGACACCUAGACUGGUAUCCAUGGCAAUGGAUUACUCUCUAGGAUCUAGUUGUUCCAGUGACAUACAAGACAGGUACCAGAAAUGGAUGGAUAAAUACGGUCGACAAUACAAGAGCAGAGAAGAAUGGGAGCGGAGAUUCACAAUUUAUCAAGCGAAUGUUCAAUACAUUGACAAUUUCAAUUCUAUGAAUCAUUCACAUACUCUGGCUGAAAAUAACUUUGCAGAUCUCACAAAUGAGGAGUUUAAGGCAACUUACUUAGGGUAUAAAACCGUUUCGAUUCCUGAUACAUGCUUCAGAUAUGGAAAUAUGGUUAAUCUGCCUACUAAUGUUGAUUGGAGACAGGAAGGUGCAGUUACUCCGAUAAAGAAUCAAGGCCAAUGUGGGAGCUGUUGGGCAUUCUCUGCAGUAGCAGCAGUCGAAGGCAUCAACAAAAUAAAAGCAGGAAAAUUGAUAUCUCUUUCAGAACAAGAGCUUGUAGACUGCGAUGUGACCUCGGGGAACCAGGGAUGUAAUGGUGGUUACAUGUACAAAGCAUUUGAGUUCAUCAAGAGAACUGGACUAACUACAGAAAUAGAAUAUCCAUACCAAGGAGCAGAAUCUGCAUGCAACGAACAAAAAGAGAAAUACCAAUUUGUGUCAAUAAGUGGAUAUGAAAAAGUACCGGUCAACGACGAGAAAAGCUUAAAAGCAGCAGUUGCUAACCAGCCAGUCUCUGUAGCAAUUGAUGCAGAGGGAAACAAUUUUCAGUUCUAUUCUGGUGGAAUCUUCUCAGGCAAUUGUGGAAACCAACUGAAUCAUGGAGUGGCAAUAGUUGGGUAUGGGGAAACUAGCAAUCAAGCUUAUUGGCUUGUCAAGAAUUCAUGGGGCACUGAUUGGGGUGAAUCAGGUUACAUAAGAAUGAAGCGUGAUUCAACUGACAGGCAAGGUACUUGUGGCAUAGCUAUGAUGGCUAGCUACCCCACCAAAGACUGAGCAUACUUCCUGAUGUUAAUUGAACUUGUCUACCUUCAGAGGUGAAAAAAUUAAAUUUGCCAUGCAAAUUUUUAUGUCUACUAAAGAUGCAAUAAGAAUUAGUAAAAGGUUAUUAUGUAUAAGCAAUAAAAGUCAAAAGAAAAUGAAGGAUUCAAGUACAAUAAAAUUUAAACAUAUUCAAGGAGUA